CCGUCGGUCCCGUGCGGCCUCAACGUAGCUCCGCUUGCGCGGGUGUCCCGUGCGCACGCAGCGUCGCGACGGCCGCACGCGCGCUUUCGCUUCUGUCUCACUUGCACCCCCUCCCCCCGGCGGCUCGAGACAUCGUCGACCGCCGCGCGGGGAUUCAUUCUCCUCGUCGCGGCGCACGUACGUAUAUAUAUGCGGGCGCGCACACUGAGAGGGAGGGAGAGACAGGGAGAGCGGGUUAUGUGUGUGGGAGCGGGCGGGUGCGCGUCGCUCCGGUCGCUCGUCCUUUGGCUCCCAGUGGGACGGAGAGUCGCGGAGGUGCCGCGUUCGCAGCCGUAAGCCAUGGGCCAGGGCACCGAGACCUCGGAGACCUGUGCCGACCGGCCAACCGAGGUUAGCGUUAUUAGAUUCGUCUCGAGGAACCGCACUAUCGAGGAGAUUGCCCCCAAAAAGGAAGUUUAUAUUUGCAAACAACGAGGAUGUGGUAAAAUAUUUACUAAUCAAGAAGAAUAUAAAACUCACGAGGCUCUCGAAGCUCUAAAAAUUAGAUUUAUAUGUAGAGAGCCAGGAUGUGGAGAGGAACUGUCAGAUCCAGGGAGCAUGUGGCGACACUAUCAGGAAUGGCAUAAUAACGAAACAAAUGUAUUUGUAUGUCCGUAUACAAGCUGUAGUUCCAUGCAUGCCACUAGUGAAAUUCUAGAAGAGCAUAUAGAAUCUUCUCAUAGGCAGCUUCCAACUAUAUCAACCGAACCAGAGAUCAUUUACUUUGAAGGUCCCGAUAAUAUAAUUGACGAAGAUAUUACCAGAGUCAGCGACGAUGGUAGUGGCUUUGAUAAUGUUCGAAGUGCGGCUAAAGAUGCUGCCGACAAUGGGGUUGUUAGGAAAAAUGAAUAUUUCUUGAAGAAUGAAACAAUUAGUCUGAAACAAAAUAAAUACAAUAUUAAAGAAGAGAAGCGAAUUGUAAGCGCUAAAGCUCAAAAAAAUGACGACUACACGGUAGAACAAUCAAAACUUCGAGCAGCAUUAAGUUACGAUGAUUAUUCGAAAAAUAAUGGAGCAUUAAAUAGAGUGGGUGCUAAGUUUCCUAAAAAUAAGGACUUGCUCAUAACAAAGGAAAAUUUUCUCGUUAAAUAUGAGGCUAGGUCGCCAAUAUGCAAUAAUGAAAAUGUGCAAAUUGACAACAGUCAAGAGGGAGGAAAUAACACAAUUUUUAUUAAUAGUGAUGUCUCGUUAACAAAAAGUCCAAAUCAAGAGCAUAGGAUAGAAUUAGGUAAUUUAGAAAAAGUUUUCAGAAAUGGCUUUGAAAAAGAUUCGAUAAAAUCGGAAGAAAUCACUAAUGAAAUUAAAACUCAUUGUUCGGACGAUGAAGAAUAUACUCCUAAAAAGCAGCGAAUGUCAAGGUGUAAGCAAGAACCUUAUAAAUGCGAAAUAAACGGUUGUGGUAAGACAUAUAAAUACAUAUCCCAUUAUCGACAUCAUCAAGAUAGUCAUAAAUUAAUAACAAAUCCUAUUACACCUAUCAAUUCUACAAAAAUGCCAAAACCAAAAGUUGGUAAAGCCACCACUGUUAGUUUUUUCAUCUGUAAAAUGCCUGGAUGCGGUGCUCAAUUAAGUAAUGUCACAACCUUGUGGAAGCAUUAUCAAGAAACUCAUGCGAAUGCCAAGCCACCAGCUCCAACAAAAUGUAACGAGAUUUAUCGGUGCAAAAUUACAGGAUGUGAAAUGGAGUUUGCUACAUCAAUGAUGUUAUACAAACAUUUUAGCGAGACACACACUAAGAAUUCCACGAAUAAUAGUAACUCAAAUAUUAAGACUGGAAAUGGGGGUGGAGUAUUGAUUGAACAGAUGUACCAUGAUGAUACCACUGCCCAAAGAGUAAACUUUAAGACUGACUUAAAAACCAAGCACUCGCUUAGUUUGAAUGAAUAUGCCGAUAGUAAAGAUAAGAACAUCCAAUCAUCCAUGAUUAAAGAAGAAUCAGGAGACUGACUCUCAUUAAAUUAGACUUUCACUAACGGUACUUUUUCAUAUGUAUCAGAAUCAGACGCGUUAAAGUAUUUAGCAGAAUUUCUGCUUACCGUUACAAAACAAGCAGCGUAUGUUAAUAUUCAAUAAUAAAAAUUUCUCUAAA